AUGACAAAUGAUGGAGUUGUGGACAUUGAAGUACUCGACUACAACCCCAAGUGUGCGCCGCUCUCCGUCUUGUCCAGUACAUCCAUGCAGGGGCUCCUGUUGCACCUUCACCUCGACCAGAAGCCGACAGAUCGCCUGCCCCUCCCCAUCUGGCCCUGGAAGACUGUGCUCACACACACGCAUACAUUCGCCACCCAGCACACAGCAGCAGCCCACAUGUCAUCAGUGGAGCUGUCAGAUGAUUCAAGGUGGAGAAGGCAGGAUGAGGCUUCCCCAGCGCCGCAGCCUUGUGCACCCCAACCGAAAAGCAGUGGCUACAGCGCUGUCCAGCUGCCGGGCUACUCCGCAUCCAUCUUCCUACAGCGCAAAGACAAGCUGGAACGGACCCAGCAGAAGUGUAUCGCUGUCUUCGCCCUUCUCUGCUGCUUUGCUGUGUUGACGGCACUGAUCUUCUCUUCAGUGGACAUUUGGGGGGACGAUGAGGAUGGAAUUACGGAGGAAAACUGCAGCAGUGACUGCAGCAUCGUGCUAGUGGAGAACAUCCCAGAUGACCUCUCUCUCCCCGUCGAUGGCAGACCUCACCUCCCUCUCUCUGCUGGCUUUCACAUGCUGCUGGAUCAGGCCAAGUACUCGGUUGAGGUGGUGUCACCUGUCUGGGACUUAAACUCCUGGGACCUGGAGCCAAAACCAAGCACUGCCAAACAGGGUCAGCUUUUGUUCCAGAGAUUGCUCAGCCUGAAAUCUCGUGGGGUUAAGCUGAAGAUUGCCAACAGUUUGACAAACUCUACUGAGCUGAAAACCUUGGCAGCGCACAGUGCAGAGGUUCAUUUUGUCAACAUGGCAGCUCUUACCAGAGGAGGACUACAUUCCUCAUUCUGGGUCGUGGAUCGGCAGCACAUUUACAUCGGGAGCGCCAAUAUGGACUGGAGGUCACUCUCCAAGAGGAAAGAACUGGGGGUGGUGGUGUAUAACUGCAGCUGUCUGGCUCUGGACCUCCACCGAGUCUUUUCAUUCUACUGGCAGCUCCACGAAAGGGACUACAUCCCCUCUAUCUGGUCGAAGAGAGUUACAGCUCUCUACGGGAGGCACGAUGCCCUGGAGCUGCAGCUCAACGCCACUCCGGCCGCAGCAUACGUGUCUACCUCUCCCGAACUCUUCUGUGCCAAAGAUCGCACCAGAGAUGUAGACGCCAUCUACCAAGUCAUCCAGAGUGCAAAGACAUUUAUCUUCAUAUCUGUGACCGACUAUCUCCCUCUGGUGAGCAGGAGAUUCAGAGGAACCUCAGUCACAAGGUAUUGGUCGCCUAUUGACGAGGUGAUCAGGGAGGCUGUGGUACUGAGAGGAGUCAGAGUUCGCCUGCUUAUAAGCUUCUGGAAGAGGACUCACCCCCUCACCUUUAACUUUGUGGCCUCGCUCAAGUCGCUGUGCAUGCAGCUGCACAACUGCUCCCUGGAAGUGAGGUUUUUUAGUCAGAAGGAGCAGAAGGACGAUAUUCAACAUGGACUCAACAACAACAAGUAUAUGGUGACUGACAAUGCUGUUUACAUUGGGAACCACGACUGGGUCGGGAGCAACUUUGCUAUUAAUGCGGGAGUUGGGCUGGUGGUCAAGCUGAAAGGUGGCCUCAAAGACAGAGGAGUGACGGUUCUGGAGCAGGUCAAAGCCGCUUUUGAAAGAGACUGGAGGUCAGGUUACGCUAAGAGCCUGCAAGGAAGUAGAGAUCAGCAGGGAAAAUACAGAAACAUGCAACAUGUAAAAAACCCAAUGGAAAUGAAGGAGAAAAACGAGUGGAAUUACCCUUUAUCUUUAUAAGCACAGAAUGUCCUAUAUCCUAAAGCCUUGUAAGCCUGAAUACUCUGGAUCUGCAAACAUGUAAACAGGUACGAAUGUAAAUCUCCAAUACUAGACUUGACCUUGUGACCUUAGCUUAAUAGAUUCAGUUUUAGUCAACAAUGACAAUGUUUAAGCCAAAUAACAGCAUCUAACUAAUUAAUUAACCGUAAACUGUUAUAUGAGCAUGAAGUGCUGCAUGGAUAUUGAGAGCAAUAUUCAAAUGCAAACUAUAAACUAGGACCACAGCAAUAUGAUGAAUA